AAUAAUUAGUUAAUUGAGAAUAACUACUACUAAACCAUUUUCAUAACAAAAUUAUGUAUUUUCAGACAAUCGUUGUGUGUAUUGCUAUUCAAGCAGUGGUGUCGACACCCAUAACCACUAAAAACGCCGACAUAACUGCCGCCGGUAAACAUAUUUUGGAGCGAAUUAACCAAGCUAGAGAAUCAAAAUAUAGCGUCAUUCAAUACUACAACAUGAAUAUAACCGAGGUGAACGAGAACGCCGACAAAAUUAUCAAGAUAUUCAUGGAUGUGAGCAAAGAUUUCCAGACAGAAAGUUGCUUACGUUUAGAGGAGCAAGAUAUGGGACGUUUUGUCAACAACAACUGUUACGCUCAGGUCUCGAGGAUCGUCAGCGAUUCAUACCUGGCUUAUGAGGUGACUAUUGGUGAGACGGCCUAUGCGGUGACCGAUUAUGAUCAGUUUUCAGUGAACCACUCCAAGAAGUUUGAAUUCUAUUUGGGUCCACUAUUCUUCGGUGUCUAUGAGUUGAAGCCUUAAAUAAACUUUUUUAAAACGACUUUAAUUUAAACUUUUCAAAAUGUUUUAGUUAUAACUUUACGUUCAUCAAUAAAAUUUAUUAUUUUAAGCAAAAAUAUA